AUGUGCAGAGAUGAUGAAGGCAGCGUGGAGGUACCCAGCGGUCUUGCCCUCCUGGCGCUUCUGAGACCCAGUCCUGGCAACAUGCAGUGGGUAGUCUUCUGCCUGAUGGUCAUCUUCUCAGGGGUGGUGGCCCGUCGAUCCAGCCUCCAAGGGCAAGAUCGCCUCUUGAUCAGACUGCGUCAACUUAUUGAUAUUGUGGAUCAGCUGAAAAAUUAUGUGAAUGACUUGGACCCUGAAUUUCUGCCAGCUCCAGAAGAUGUAAAGAGACACUGUGAGAGAUCGGCUUUUUCAUGUUUUCAGAAGGUCCAACUAAAGUCAGCAAAUACAGGAGACAACAAGAUCAACGUAUUAACUAAACAGCUGAUGAGGAAACUGCCUCCCACAAAUGAAGGGAGAAAACAGAAACAGAGACUAGUGUGCCCUUCAUGUGAUUCUUACGAGAAAAAACCACCCAAAGAAUUCCUAGAAAGACUGAAAUCACUCAUCCAAAAGAUGAUCCACCAGCACCUCUCCUAG